AUGACGUGCCCGGCGAGGUACAGCUGGGAGGCCAAAGCACUCGACUCCUUUUUAUGGGAAAAGGUUCUGAAAACUGGUUGAAAAACUGAACGAGGAGUUUAGGACGGCAGGGACCCAACUCAGCCCCAAGACGCCCUGCGAACCAUUCUUCUCAUCGCUUUGUUCGGCCUCACUUUUGCUUCUUCUAUGGUUCGGAAAGGGUUAUUGAGAACCUCGGGGAAGGUUUUUUUCAUAGGUCGCCACUUUCCUGCGCGGCGAUUGGGCUAGAAGUCAUUUGCUCUCGUUCGUUUCUUGCAUCGGCGGUGGAGUUUUCCUCGGCGCCUGUUUGCUCGACCUUUUUCCAGGUACAAAUAGGUCUAUAUAGUUGAUUCACGGCUGGCUUGAGCCAUCGAAAAAAGGGUCCUGACACGAUAAUGCACGAGAUAGCGCCUGGCUCGGGGAGAGCGCAGACACGACACGCCCCCUUAGCGUCCCAAGCUGCCCGUGAAUCAGCUAUAGCUUCUUCCAUAAGCCUUGAUUGGGAGAUCGAAAAAUCCAAUCUUAUAGCGAGUCACGUUUUUAAAAAAAAGCAUAAAAACAGCUUUUUUGCUCCCUUGCUUUACGAAACUGCAAAAAACAAGGGUCUCGAAGCGAAUUUGAUUUAAUUUGGUAUACGGCCUUUUUGGCGGAAAGAAAAACGUAACAAGCUUGCGCGGAAUGGGCUAUCUUUUCAGAUUUUAAAUGUCAAGUUCAAGCUCCGCCUCCGAAUGGCGCGAUAAACCAAGCAGAGAGCGAGCCAUCCACAGAGCGUUUUCGAAUGACGUCAUUCUACUUGACAUUCAAAAUCUGAACAAACUAUGUCAAAGACAAAUUAGUGCCGUGUUCAAAGUAAUUUCGGCGAAACGCAAAUUUAUCUUACUCUCCUAAAUUCCGUUAUCUUUUUAUUUCUCUAACGCCUUUUUUGAAUUUUGCGGAAUCAUUUAAACACGGUAUGAAAGAUGGAGAUGCGGAGAGGCUUUUUGAAGACUUCUUGGAAAAAUGCCAGGCUUUUGAAUAUUCAAACUCUUCAGCAAGGAUUUUCUAACAGAUCUCCGUCUGAACUUUCAGAUGCCGUGGAGUCUUUCGAGAAAACGGGAAUCGAAAUAAAGUUCCCGUUGCCGUACGCAAGUGUCGCUGUUGGCUUUCUACUCGUUUUGAGCAUCGACCAGGUGAUUGAUUUCGUGAUUUAAGCUCUUGUAUAAUCAAAAAUAGUGGAGUGACUUGAACAGAGUUAUGAUUUCCAACAAGAUUUGAAUUUUUUUCGAAAAGUUGGUUUUUUUUACGGAAGCUGCAAGUAUCACAAGAUAAUUGAGCUCGUUUAUAGAUUAAUUUUUUUAAAUUUUUCUUCGGUUUUUGAAUUGGAGUGGAACAUUAUCAAAGUGGAGGCAAAUAUAACUUUCCUGGUUCUUUUACCUCUGAAAAAAUCGAUAAAAAUGAAAAAACAAGUGACAAAAAUUGAAAAAGUUUGAGAAAGGAAAGAAAAAAAUCAUUUUGCAUGUAGAAUAGUAAGUAUGAAAGUUAGAAAAAAAAGUAUUUUGCAUUUUAUUAUGCCUGCGCAGUCCUUCCUUCGAAAGAGAAUUUGAACCCAUAAUAAGAGAAUUUUGAAUCGAAUUAUUUUUUCUUCGAGAUCGCCAAAAGCGCCCGAGAACAAGGAUAUUUGGGAGCUGGAGCACGACAUCAUCAUCUGCACAGCCAUGACCAAGAAACGUCCUCUAGGUUACAAACUUCAGAAAAUAAACGUUAAAAAGAUCUACAGUUUAACCGACGGAGAGGAGCCAUCGGAGGAAAGCCAGUCGAGGCUCGGAGCAGUUCUUCUGGUUUUGGCUCUUUCGGUUCAUGCGCUCUUCGAAGGACUCUCCUUGGCUGUCACCAGUGACGCUUCGCAGCUCUUGCAGGUUGUAGUUGAUUUCUUCCCAGCGAUCAAUUAUUUUCUAGAUUUUCGCUGCCCUCAUCAUCCACAAGUGCAUAAUGGGCUUCUGUUUGGGCGUGCGGCUGGUUCAGUCCGGCAUGAGUACGCCUUGGCUCGCCCUUUGCGCCCUUUCCUUCAGCAUCCAAGUAUCCGUCUCAUGUAGAUCCAAAGGGAAAUUGUUGCAUUUUUCGGUUCUGAUCGGUGGCCUGGCCGGCAUCGCAAUCAUGCGCUUCAUCGGCGGCGGUGAGCAGAAAAUCGCUUCGACAGUUGCAUCCAUCCUGCAAGGUACUUUGGAAUAUGGAAAAGACGAUACUUUCCUUCUUAAAGUUGUUCUGCGAGUUUUUUUUUUUGGAGUGUUUCCAACAUGGUUUUUCUUUUGAUAUUUUCCUCGAGCAAAGUCGAAAUGGUCCACUAAAAGGGAGAGGCUCAAAAAAGGCCGCAGAAAGGCACCCCUUAUCCUUUCAUUUUUGAGACUUUGAAGGCUCAAUAAUUGGUGGAAAAAGGGAUAGGCUCAAAAAAGGUGCAUAAGUGCCCAUGAAAUGGCGCGAAAAUGGCAGAAAAAAGGAGCCUUCGUAACCUCAAAAGGAAAAUUUCUAUGGAGCCUUUUCCACUCUUUCCGACUUUGCAUAUGAUGACGGAUUACAAAAAUUGCAACAAACUAUUAAAACAUAGUUCAAGAUUUUUUGGCGGGAAUUAAAAUUUUUAAAAUUAUUUAAAUGCAAUUUGAAAAAAAAAAUCGAUUCUUCAUAUGUAAAGUCGGAAAGGCUUUAUGAACAUUUUCCUUUUAGGAAGACAAAGGCUCCUUUUUGGUGCCAUUUUGCGCCAUUUCUUCGGCUCUUAUGCAUCAUUUUUGCUGCUUCUACCUUUUUUCAUCACUUUUGAGCUUUUAAAUUCCCAGAAUACUUGAAAAGCCCGAUAAAGGGACCCUUUUUGUUGCCUUUCUGCGGCUUUUUUUGAGCCUAUCUCUUUUAGCGGCCAUUAUUCACCAUUCCGACUUUGCCCAAGGUCACGAUAACUCAAGUUUCAAUCUAAUAACCUCAAAAACUAUUUUUUAUACUAUAAAUCGAUUUCAAUUUUAAUUGUUACAGCGAUUUCGUGCGGAACUUUCUUGUACAUCACGACAUUCGAAGUGAUCCCUCACGAGCUGCAGAAGUCCAACCAUAGAAUGCUCAAGCUCUUCUUCGUUUUCUUCGGAUUCUUCGCCAUCAUCGCAUUCCUUCUCGUGUUCCCCGAUGCCGCAUAG